CAUGCAUGCGCGGCUCCCAGGGCGUGCAGCGCAGCUAUCGAUGGUGCGCUGUGUCCCUCGGACACAGCGGAUCACCGAUCAACGAGAAGAUGUUGGCUCGGUCAUGUGAUCAGCUGUGUCCAAUCACAGCUGAUCACAUCCCCAGCAGUGCCACCUGUCAGUGUCCAUCAGUGCCAGCUGUCAGUGCUCAUCCAUGCCACCUGCUAGUGCCCAUCAAUGCCACAUUUCAGUGCCCAUCAGUGCCACAUCAAUGCCACAUAUCAGUGCCCAUCUGAGCUGCCAUUCAGUGUCGCCCAUCAGUGCCAGUCAGUGCCACCUAUCAAUGCCAGUCAGUGCCACCUAUCAGUGCUGCCAAUCAGUGCCACCUAUCAGUGCCGCCAGUCAGUG